AUGGAGGGGCUGCAGGGGGUGCGGACGCGGCUGCAGGCGUGGGAGCGCGCCUUCUGGCGGCAGCACGGGCGGCGGCCCGGCCAGGAGGACGUGGCGGCGGCGUCCGAGGAGAUCCGCGCGCUCUACAGGCGGUACCGCGUCUUGAAGAAGGCCCAGAGCCAGGCCGGCGGCGAGGCCCGCACUUCCGCGCAGUCGCCCCCUGCGGCGGCCGAGGAGGCCCCGGAGUCCAGCUGCUGGGGCCCCCAGCUGAAUCGGGCUGUGGCCCGGGGCUCCCAGCCUGCCCCAGGGCGGAGCCAGGAGCCUGGGCAGGACUACGGGAAGAGGCUCAAGACCAACCUGCAGCUGAGGGGCGAGAUGGGCCGGCCCGGUGGCCAGGGGCAGCCUCCCUCCCAGCUCUCACAGGCUGGGCCCGCCCCUGGCCGCAGACUCCGGCCUCCACCAAAAUCCAGCCCUGACGAGCCUGCGCCGCGGCUGCCUGGCCCAGCAGCUGCCCCCGCAUCUCCAGAGGAAGUCGGCGUGGAGCCUCCCCGGGCAGGGCCAGGCCGGCUGCAGCAGCUUCGGACGUCUCUGAGGCUGCGGCUGGGCUCCCUGGACCCUGGCUGGCUGCAGCGGUGCCACAGUGGGGGCCCAGAUCCCCAGGGGGCCCCCGAGGGCUGCAGGCCUGGCCUGCAAGCUCUGACCUCGGGCCAGCAGGCUGGCCCUGACCCCAGCGCUGCCUCUGAGGCACCUUCAUGGGGGCCAGAGGCUGCAGCCCCGCAGACGGCCCAGGCUGACACAGGCAGCCCCCGGCCCAGCGAGGGCGGAAGCCAGAGUGAGGAGCCUGGGGGUGGGGCGGCCCAGGCCCAGCAGGGCGGCUGUCAAGGGGGGCCCUGCUCUGAGGGGGCCGGGGCCGCAGCAGCCUGGACAGGGGAGGCAGAGGGCACGGCCGCCCCACAGGGCCCCCCCAGGCCGGGUGUCCUGGACAGAGGCAACUACGUCCGGCUCAGCAUGAAGCGGAAGCGCUACGUGCGGGGCGCAGCCCUCCGCGGCAGGAGCCUGCGCGAGCAGGCUCGGAAGCAGAAGUGGCUGAAGAAAGGGGAAUGUUUUGGUGGGGGGAGGCCCAGCUCCACAGCCAAGGACUCCUGCUUCCGGUGUGGGCAGUUCGGCCACUGGAUGUCUCAGUGCCCCCAGCCAGGCCCUACCCCAGCCCUCCAGGGGAAGGAGGAAGUCCCGCCCACUCUCACUUUGGAGGAAGUGGCCCAGAGGACUCGCGCUGCCCAGUGCCCGCUCCCAGGUGAUGAGGACGCACGACCUAUGGAGCCUGAGCCGCAGGUGCCUCCCGCCGUGCUGCCACUCUACCCCCUGGGGCCCUCGGGGCAGGUGGCCGAGACGCCGGCUGAGGUGUUCCAGGCCCUGGAGGAGCUUGGUCACCGAGCCUUCCGCCCUGGGCAGGAGCGUGCUGUCAUGCGGAUCCUGUCUGGGGCCGGCAAGUCCCUGUGCUACCAGCUCCCGGCCCUGCUGUUCGCCCGGCGUAGUCCCUGCCUCACCCUGGUGGUCUCUCCCCUGCUGUCACUCAUGGAUGACCAGGUGUCAGGCCUGCCCCCGUGUCUCAGGGCAGCCUGCCUCCACUCGGGCAUGACCAGAAAGCAGCGCGAGGCUGUCCUGCAAAAGGUGCGCGCAGCCCAGGUACACGUGCUGAUGCUGUCCCCCGAGGCACUGGUGGGGGCCGGGGGCCCUGCCGGCCUCCCCCUGGCCGCCCAGCUGCCUCCCGUGGCCUUCGCCUGCAUCGACGAGGCUCACUGCCUGUCUCAGUGGUCUCACAACUUCCGGCCCUGCUACCUGCGUGUCUGCAAGGUGCUUCGGGAACGCAUGGGCGUGCGCUGUUUCCUGGGCCUCACAGCCACCGCCACACGUAGCACUGCCCGUGACGUGGCCCAGCACCUGGGCGUAGCUGAGGAGCUGGGCCUCGGCGGGCCAGCUGCCAUCCCCCCCAACCUGCAUCUCUCCGUGUCCAUGGACAGGGACCCCGAGCAGGCUGUGGUGACGCUGCUGCAGGGUGACCGCUUCCGGGCACUGGAUUCCGUCAUCGUUUACUGCAUCCGGCGCGAGGACACGGAGCGGAUCGCCGCGCUCCUGCGCACCUGCCUGCCUGGGGCUCGGGGUCUGGGGCCCGCAGAGGCUGUGGCCCAGGCCUACCACGCUGGCAUGCUGAGCCAGGAGCGGCGGCGCGUGCAGCGGGCAUUCAUGCAGGGCCAGCUGCGCGUGGUGGUGGCCACGGUGGCCUUCGGGAUGGGGCUGGACCGGCCGGAUGUGCGGGCCGUGCUGCACCUGGGGCUGCCCCCGAGCAUCGAGAGCUACGUGCAGGCCGUGGGCCGGGCUGGGCGUGACGGGCAGCCUGCCCACUGCCACCUCUUCCUGCAGCCCCAGGGCGAAGACCUACGGGAGCUGCGCAGACACGUGCACGCCGACGGCACGGACUUCCUGGCCGUGAAGAAGCUCGUGCAGCGGGCAUUUGCGCCCUGCACCUGCUCCCGGCCGCUCCCAGCCCAGGAGGGAGGUGUGAGCAGCGAGAGGCCCGCGGCAGACCCCCCUUCCCAGGAGGCCCAGCGGCACCACGGCCAGCAGGCAGCCCCCGCGUCCAGCAGGAGAGCCUGCUCUGGUCACGAGCGGCUGCUCCCAGCACAGCAGACAGUGCAGGCGCUGGACAUGCCGGAGGAGGCCAUAGAGACUCUGCUGUGUUACCUGGAGCUGCACCCUCGGCACUGGCUGGAGCUGCUGCCUGCCGCCCACGCCCGCUGCCAUCUGCGCUGCCCUGGGGGCCCCGCUCAGCUCCAGGCCCUCGCCCAUAGGUGUCCCCCUCUGGCUGCACACUUCGCCCAGUGGUCACCUGAGGACCCAAGGCACAGCCGCAGUUCUGUGGAGUUGGACAUGCUGGAGCUGGUGGACGCGAGCGGCUGGGAGGUGGUCUCUGUGCAGCGGGCUCUCCGCCAGCUGCAGUGGGACCCAGAGUCCAGGAGAGGUGCGCCCAGGGGCACAGGUGUGCUGGUGGAGUUCAAGGAGCCGGCCUUCCACCUGCGGAGCCCCGGGGACCUGAGGGCCGAGGACAUGGACCAGAUCUGCGACUUCCUGUAUGACUGCGUGCAGGCCCGUGAGCGCAGGGCCCUGGCUCGUCUGUGCCAGACCUUCCAGGCCUUUCGCAGCGUGGCCUUCCCCAGCUGCGGGCCCUGCCUGGAGCAGGCGGACGAGGAGCGCAGCGCUCGGCUCAAGGCCCUGCUCGGCCGCUACUUCGAGGAAGAAGGAGGAGGGGCCGAGGAGCUGGGGCUAGAGGACCAGCAGGUGCCGGAGCUGGGGCAGGCCAGACUGCAGGACUGGGAAGACCAGGUCCGCCGCGACAUCCGCCUGCUCCUGUCCCUGCGACCAGAGGAAAGGUUCUCGGGCAGGGCCCUGGCCCGCAUCUUCCACGGCAUCGGAAGCCCCUGCUACCCAGCCCAGGUGUAUGGGCGGGACCAGCGCUUCUGGAGGAAGUAUUUGCACCUGAACUUCCACGGGCUGAUCCGCCUGGCCACAGAGGAGCUCCUGCUGCCAUGCCGCUGACUGCCGGGGGGGGGGGGGGGGGAGGCAGGCUGCAAAGUGCAGAAUAAAAAGCACCCAACACGUCCAGACACAGCACUCGGGCCGCGGCACGCUCUGCUUUAUUGGCUCAGGCCAGAGAGCUGGGUGCCAGGCCAAGGUCCAGCAGGGGCAGGGCGGACAGCGCGAGCAGCAG